UCGUCGAAUCGUUUCUUCCGCUCUUACGAAACGCUUCGCGCAUGGAACAAAAAUAAACGUGUAUUCGAAAGGAGCGCGUCGUUGGCGCGUCGGUGGCGUCAUCGCGAUUCGCAUGCGCGAAAUUAUCGAGCGGCUCUGACGAGCGAGAGUCGAGUCGUCGGUUUCGUUGUCUGUCCCUCCGCCGUAGCGAACGUAAACUGAACGGUGCGUGGCGUGACCGUGUGAGUAAGUGGCGAGCAGUAGCACGAGCACGAGCACGACGCGAAUCCAAUCUCGUGGCAACGAGUCUCGGCUGAAGGAGAAGAGAAAAAACUGGGCAGUAUGGCCACCUCGAGGAGAAGAUCGCGCAUCUAACAACGGGAGGCGAGAUGCCGAUCUCGGCCGGUUCGCGGCUGACCUCUGUCGUUCCGUUCGGUUCCUACGCGACCACGUCUCUCGGCUGGCCGUGAUUCGAGGGAAACGCGCGCCUCGCCUCGCCUCGUCUCGCCUCGCCUUGCCUAGCUCGCUGUUGUCUCUCUCUCCGAGUGAUCGUGGCGACAGAACGCCAGCAGGAAUCGCGGCGUGAAAGCACGAGGAGGGCUGGGCAUGGCCACUCUGGCUGGCAGCUCGUCGUCGGGCCUGGCCAGGCCACCGACCAUGCUGGAGCAGCUUCUCGAGGAGAUCAACUUUCAGAGGACCAAGGAGCUUCGACAGAUGCUCAAGGAUGACUCCGGCUUCGUGAUACUUCAAGGUACAACCUACUGGACGGACCUGUUUGUCAGGCACUUCCUCUUCCAGGCAGAGCACACGAUCGACGGCGACGAUUUGCUGUUCUUCGUGCGAAAGAAGCACGUGAAGACGUCGUCGAGAUACUUGCCAAAAUUCGAGACGGAGGUGGACGUGUUCCGGAAGGACAGCAAGAAGCUGCCUAUCGGCGAUCCCGACAUCGAUUGGGAGGAAACCGUGUACCUGAAUCUGGUCGUGCAUCAAUUCGACUACACGCUGACCUUAGCCAUCUGCACAAGGACGAGCCCCAAGGAAUUGCAAGUAUUGCGCAGGCACUCGCAAAAAGUGUACGCGAGCCCCAGCCGAAGACGAAUGGACGCGAAGGGUGAUCUCGAGGAGAUGACCUAUCCUCAUAUAUGCUUCAUGGUGGACAAUUUCGACGAAGUUUUCUGUGAUAUUCUAGUCAGGGACGGGGAGAUGGUGUGCGUGGAACUGGUGGCGUCCGACAGGGAGGGCGCGAUUCAAGGUGUCAUAUUUCUCGGCUCUAUCAGAUACGACGCCCUGAAGAAAGUAUACGACGCCAGGUCCAGCUUGAGCACCAAAAUGGCGCAGCGAAUGACCUUUGGCCUGUUUUCCGGCGCGGCCUCCCAGCGCAUAGAAUUCGUUCGAAUGAAGGGGCCUCGUGGGAAGGGGCACGCGGAGAUGGCUGUGACGAAGCCGAAGGGUUCGGGGGCGGAGACACCGACCUCGGAGCCCGGCUAUUGCGCCACGGAUUCCCUGUGGGACGCCGACUGGGACGACGCCGAGGAACUGUUUUUGUAUCGACACCAACGAAGGCUAUCCGACCCGAGCGCGAAUCUGAACAAUUUCGUGCGUGGCGGGUGGAGGACGAAACCGGAUACGGCUGCGACCAAGGCAAGGUCGGAGAACGAAGGUCUGGACUCGAUGGCGAACGGGUUGAACGAAAUCGAAGCAGGAGACGUUCGUGACGCCGACCUACAGGAUAGCAGCUGGGGCGGCCGGGGCUCACCAGGAAAUCACAGGAGUCCGCACGUCAGGCGACGAAGAUCCCCUCACCUUCCCGCCAGGCAACAACGCCCGAAACACAAGCAACGUAACUCGUGGGAGCGUAGCGAAAACGAGAACGCAACGUCGAAUCACAAGGAGGCCUAUCGCGACGCACACGGCCUCCAGAAUCACCGGCACAACCAUAUCGAGGUCGGUAGCGAGAUACUCGUGCCCGCGGCCCCUUGCUUGACGGACGACAACGUGAGACAGAAGCUGGACGCGGGCGCGAUACUGGUUCACGGGAAGGAGGAACUCCCGUUGGGAUACGAGGAGGCGGACAAUAACAGGAAACGAAGGCCGUACAGCACGGGACAGAUCAAUCACGAGCGGGUGAACAACCUGGAGAACGACGAGGAGCAUCGGCGGCUGAGCGACGACGAAUUGGUGAGGGUGCGCCGCACGGAGGGGGGGCGCAGGCGUCUGCGUUCGGCCGGCUCCGACCAGGAGGAAUACUACACGGGGCGGAACAAGAACAAAAACGACGACCAGUUGAGAGAUAAAAACGCGAACGCGCGUAUCACGCGCGGCAACCUGACCACGCACAGGCAGAGCGCCACCCUGCCCAGAAGGAGGCGAAGACGAGCAUUGUCGGGCAGCUUCGCGGGCAACCCACUGCCGCCGCACCGCGUCACACCAGACGGAACAGCUAUCUACUAUUGGUGCGAGCUCCCGCGCCGCCCCGGCUCACAGGAGUUGGACGACGGCGCUUACAACCCUCUGUGGACUAUGCGAGGAUUCACGCAGACGUUCCACUUCUGGAAAGAGACCAGACGAGCCCAAUCCGUUCCCCUCAACGCGUUUCUCACGUAUAUCACUCUGCCCUGGUGGAGCAUUGCCAAAGAUAUUCUCGACCAUCGAGAAGGACCUAUAUUAACGUUCUAGCCAACACGAGGACGUCCCAUUUUUAUUUCUUUUAUUUCGGAUCUCUCUUUUCCAUUUCGUUCACCACUUUGUACGCACUUGGAUAGAACGCGCGUGGCCCAACAAAAUCGAAGUGUAUAGAAUAAGAAAUAAACGAGAUACGAGAUUUAUAA